AUGAACAAAGUCUCGAGCUUGCAGGUUAUUUCACCAAAUGUGAAAUAUACGGAAGACCAUAUUUACGCCGAUUACGAAUAUGAAGAAACUUUGGUGACGAAAAAGGAUAAUGCAAUAACGGUGAAACCAUACCAAACGUCGCUAUGCAUACGCACGGCGAGGAAGGUGGGCCGGGUAGGAGUCAUGCUUGUGGGAUGGGGUGGUAACAAUGGUUCCACCUUCACCGCGGCGGUGCUGGCUAAUAAACAUCAGAUCUCCUGGAACACUAAGAACGGGAAAAUGGAGCCUAAUUGGUACGGUUCAAUCACGCAAGCGUCCACAGUCCGGCUGGGUAUCGAUGAGAAAGGCAAUGACUUCUAUGUCGGGAUGUCGGAGCUUUUGCCAAUGGUUCACCCUGACGAUUUGGUGAUCGAUGGAUGGGACAUCAGCCCGCUGAACCUGGCGGAGUCGAUGGUUCGCGCCAAGGUCAUCGACUACGAUCUCCAGCAGAAGCUGAAGAAGGAGAUGGCGACUAUGAAGCCUCGACCGGCUAUCUACGACCCUGACUUCAUCGCCGCUAAUCAGGCCGACCGAGCUACGAAUCUAAUCCGCGGCACGCGAUACGAACAAUACCUGCAGGUGCGCGCCGACAUCAAGGACUUCCGCGAUAAGAAUAAGCUGGACAGGAUCAUUGUGCUGUGGACGGCUAAUACUGAGAGAUUUUGCGAUGUGCGGCCAGGUAUUCACGACACGGCCGAGAACCUCGAACGUGCUCUCCGCAACAACGAGUCUGAAAUAUCACCGUCGACUAUUUUCGCUCUCGCCGCCAUUGAUGAAGGAUGUUAUUACAUAAACGGGUCCCCGCAAAACACGAUCGUGGACGGCGUGGUGGAGCGCGCCGAGAAGAUGGGCGUGUUCGUGGCCGGCGACGACUUCAAGUCCGGACAGACCAAGCUAAAGUCCGUGCUCGUUGACUUCCUCGUCUCUGCUGGUCUGAAACCAGUGUCUAUCGUUAGCUACAACCACCUCGGGAAUAACGAUGGCAAGAAUCUCUCUGCACCAAAGCAAUUUAGAUCUAAAGAGAUCACAAAGAGCAACGUGGUGGAUGAUAUGGUCGAAUCGAACCCCAUACUAUACAAGCCGGGUGAGAAACCGGACCACGUGGUCGUCAUUAAGUAUGUGCCCUAUGUUGGCGAUUCAAAACGCGCGAUGGACGAGUACACGUCGGAGAUCUUGCUGCACGGCACCAACACAUUGGCGGUGCACAACACCUGCGAGGACUCGCUGCUGGCCGCGCCGCUCAUGCUGGACUUGGUGGUGCUGGCCGAGCUGCUGGGCCGCGUGCACGUGCGCCGCGACCACACGCACGAGUGGAGCGGACUACACGCGGUCCUGUCUGCGCUGUCGUACCUGGUGAAGGCGCCGCUGGCAGCGCGUGGAGCGCCCGUCGUGAACGCACUGUUCAAGCAGCGCGCCGCGCUCGACAACCUGCUGCGCGCCUGCCUGGCGCUGCGCCCCGCCACGCACAUGCAGCUCGAGCACAAGGUGCCUUUCCUGCGCUCGGACCUGCAGUCGGGCGCCAUGUUCGCUGGCGACGCGCCGCCCGCCAAGCGCCAACGUCACGCGCAGAACGGCGCUCAGUAA